AUGCAUGGGGAUUUUAUAGUAAAUUCUACUAGUAUUGUGGAUCUGAAGAUCCAGUCCAUGAGAACCAAGAAAAGAAUUGCUGUGCUUGGGAGUGUAGCCUGUGGGCUCUCUUCUGUCAACUGCUGCCUGGAUGAAGACCUGGAAUCUGUUUGCUUUGAAAGGACUGAUGACAGUGGAGGACUGUGUAUGUUUCAGGAAAAUCCUGAAAAAGGGAGAGUCAGUAUUUACAAAUUGGUGAUCAUCAAUACUUCUAAGGAGAGGAUGUGCUUCAGUGAAUACACCAUCCCAGAUCAUUAUCUUAACUUCAUGCACAAUUCCCAGGUCCUUGAGUAUUUUGAAAUGUAUGCAAAAGACUUCAACCUUUUAAAGGGUAUCCAGUUCAAGACCGUGGUGUACAGUGUGAAGAAAAGGCCUGAUUUCUCUAAUUCAGGCCAAUGGGAGGUGGUCACUGAGUGUGAAGGGAAAAGGGAGGUUAAUGUCUUUGAUGGAGUCAUACUUUGCACUGGCCAUCACACUAAUGCUCACUUACCCCUGAAAAGCUUUCCAGGAUCAAAAAGGAAGACUGUGGAACUCUUACACAGCAUUGGUUCAGAUGUGGAAUUUUUCAGUGAUUGA